GAUGAGAGCAGUACACCGCAUUAGAAUUGUCGUGCGUCGUUCACUUGGAGAUCAGGACAAGAUCGAGAGUACGUACGUAGUGAAGAUGGCCGAUGCAAGAGCAGCAAUGGCAGCAGUCGCAGUGCUGCUCCUGACUGCGAGCUACGGUCUGCCGGCGGCGGAGGCCCACUUGCAGAUCGGAGCGUACAACAAGACGUGCCCGCAGGCGGAGGACAUCGUGCUCAAGGAGAUGACAGACAUCCUCGCAAAGUCGCCCGACCUCGCUGGCCCCGUGCUCCGGCUCUUCUCCGUCGACUGCUUCGUCGGCGGCUGCGAGGGCUCCAUCCUGCUCAACUCCACCGCCGACAACACGGCGGAGAAGGACUCGCCGCUGAACCAGGGCGUCCGGGGCUACGAGGUGGUCGACGCCAUCAAGGCCAAGCUCGAGGUCGCCUGCCCCGGCGUCGUCUCAUGCGCCGACACGCUCGCCCUCGCGGCGCGUGACUCCAUCAGACUGACGAAAGGGCCCUUCAUCCUGCUCCCUACUGGUCGGGAGGACGGCAACAGGUCGGUGGCCGCCGACGUUGCCCUAAACUCGCCUCCGCCGGGCGCCAAAAUCACCGACCUCAUCGCCCUGUUUGCCAAGUUCAACCUCACCGCCAAGGACCUCGCCGUCCUCUCCGGCGCGCACACCAUCGGGAAGGCGCGGUGCUCGACGGUGUCGCCGCGGCUGUACAACUUCGAGGGCAAGAACGGCACCUCCGACCCCAACCUCGACGCCAACUACACGGCGACCCUGCGUGGCCAGUGCAAGCCCGGCGACGCCGCAACGCUCGUCUACCUCGACCCCGUCACGCCCUCCACCUUCGACACCGACUACUACACCCUCGUCGCCGCCAAUAAGGGCCUCCUCUCCACGGACGCCGAGCUGCUCAACGAUGGCGCCACGAAAGAAUACGUCACGAGCCACGACAAAGCCUCUUCCACCGACGAAUUCUUCGCCGAUUUCGCCGCGUCCUUCGUCAACAUGAGCAAGAUCGGCGUGCUCUCGCACCACAAGGGCGAGAUCAGGAAGGUCUGCUCCCAGGUCAACCAGCCGUCGUCGCCGGGCUCCAACGCCACUUCUUCCGGGAGCUACCAGCUGACAGCCACCGGAGGAGGGUUGGUCCUCGCUCUCGCUGUGGCUCUUGUGCUCUGGCUCUGACAGGUUUGAAUGUGCGCUCUGCCACGCGUGCAACAUCGAGUGGCCUGGAUCGAUUUGAUUGCUGCUUAUUGUUGGGGAACGACAGCAAAUUGGAUUAUUCGUCUGGGUUUGCUUAUCUUUCCUUCGAGUUGAUUUGAUGUGUUCCAUUCCAUGAUUGUAUGUGUGCAUGGAAUUGAUUUGCUUUGUAAGAUUUAUCCUCGUGAAUUUGGGGCAAGUGCCCAUUAAUUAUAUACUGUCCUGCUUGAAUAAAUGAACAGCCACCGGUUGUCUCGUCUCUUGGAAAUCAGGAAUUA